AUGGCCGAUAAAUCAAUACAAAAUAUUCGUCAAAUUGUCGAUGAACAUCAAUCGUCCGUUACACUUUCUAAAUGUUGUGUAAAAACACAACAUUUCUUGUUGAAGAAGUUAAAAGAGCAAUGGAAAAGGCAAACAGUCGAACUUAAUUUUAUUAAAAAAUCGAAUAUGAGAUUGGAGAUGGAAAUAAAAUUAGAUGAACAAAAACGAAAGAGUUUGCACAUUGCUUUGGAUACAAUUAAAUCUGCUAAUGUAGAAGCUGAAAAGGAGUAUCUUUUAAUUAAAAAACUCCGCUCUGACGAUGCAGAGCAUAUGAAAAAUAGAAUAAUUAAAUAUGAAAAAGAAUGGGCCGUUGCUCAGGAGAAAUAUGAAAAUAUAUCUUAUAUUAAGAAGUAUUUAGAUAUAAAAAACAAAAUCCAAGCAAGCCAGGAUAACUUGAAAGCUCUUCUGAACCAAUCCAAUGAGCUGUCCACACAGAUAAAUAAAAAGAGAUACGAAAUGGCUGCACUCGAUAAAGAACGCGCCAUAAAACUAGCUCAGUUCAUUGUUAUCGAACGACCCAUGUUUUUGAAAACGCUAAAUGAAAAUGACGCAAGGAAACGUAAACUAUCAGUUACCAAUAAACAAAUAAUGAAAGAGAAGAAAUAUGUUCCGUCAAGCGCUUUGCUGAAAAUGAAUGUAGAUGUUAAAAUACCUGCUUCCACUGAAAGACCACAAAUUAGUGCUGGUUUGCUGUUACCGCCCAUUCAAAUCCAAAGUGUUGAUCUCGAUGUAUUGAGCGUCCGAUUGAAUCAGAUAAAAAAAAUCGAAAUGUCCAAACAUAACGAAAUAGCUAAUAUACCUGUCCCUAAGACGAUACAAAAAAUUAACACUCCACACUUAAAAGACGAUUACAUAUCGAGCUACUUCGAUGUAUGUAGCUUAACUAAAGCAGAUAAAACCGAUUAUUCCAACAAAAAACGGAUAAAUAUUCUGGAGGAUAUUAAAUUAAAUGAAAAUGAAACUCAUGAUAUUAUCGCGAAAGUUUCGCCGAGCAAGCUUCACGAUGUUAAUGUGAUUGAAUCAAAAGAUAGUACAAGAGCUGCGGAUCCGAAAGAAAAGGAUUUUAAUGGAAAGAAAAAUUCUGAGCGACUUUCACAGAAAACUCCUAUCGAAACUGGUGAGAUAGAAGAAAUUAAUUUAACCGCUUCCAAUUCGCAAGCAGUGGUUGUGUUGCCACCCACACAGUUUAUGGACUUAACACAGGAAACAAAGUAUACGCACACUCCAGAAGGUGGCAUAUUAAAAGAUGGAUCGUCCCGGCAAUCCCAAGAGAAAAAAGUAUCUUUCGAAUUAAAAGGAAAUGAACCGGAAAAUAUGGAAGUUGACAGCAGUUUGCUUAACACAAGUGCUCUGAGUAAUAAUAGUUACACUAAUGUAAAAAAUAUGAUAUUGAAAAAAAAUAACUUGGACUCGUCCCCUGAGUUCAUUUAUAGCAAAAAUACGCUGCAGACGAAACCAAAAGACAACAUUGUUACAUCGAAAUUCUUUAAAGUAGAAGAUCAAAAUGUUGGGGAAACUAAGGAAUAUGAAAACAAUAAUGUCCACAAUAAUAUAAUUGAUAAAGACAAACAAAACAUUCCUGAAACUACUGAAUAUCACCCAGUCGGUUCAACUUCUCAGGCUGGUGAAGCUGUAAGGCCAAUAGAGGGAUUGCUCAUUGCUCAUAGCCCACACCGUUUAUUGGAAUCACUGGACUUAUCAUGCACAGAUAACGCUGAAGGUGAUUCAGACUAUCUUCAUGGAAUUGAUUCAAGUCUUCUCAUGUCUCCAAAAGCAGAUGACAUGCAAAAUAAUGGAGAUGAAACCAAUAAAUCUGGAGGAAUAUUCAAUUUCUUAGCAGGAAUAAAAAGAACUGAAUUCUCGUUCUUGGGAUCUGGUGAUCCAAACCGAGAAACAGGCACGGGAAGCCAAGAAAAUAAUAAUUUCACCUUUUCAUUUGGUGGCGAAACAAAGAAAAAAGGAGGGUUAUUUAGUAUGUUUCGUUGA